AGCUGCCUGGCCACAGCGCUCAGGCCCGGGCUGAGGAACCAUGUCUCCAUCCCCGUCCGCGCUCUUCUGCCUCGGGCUGUGUCUGGGGCAGGUGCGAGCACGGAGCGGAGCACUCCCCAAGCCCACCCUGCAGGCCGUGCCCAGCCCCCUGGUGCCCCUGGAGAAGCCGGUGACCAUCCGGUGCCACGGGCCUCCGGGCGUGGAUCUGUACCGCCUGGAGAAGCUGCGGUCGGGCAAGUACCAGGACCAGGCCCACCUCUUCAUCCCGGCCAUGAGGAGAGAGCACGCCGGCCUCUACCGCUGCUCCUACCAGAACGCCAGCCGCUGGUCCCCGCCCAGCGACCAGCUGGAGCUGGUGGCUACUGGAGUUUACAACAAGCCUUCACUCUCAGCCCAGCCCAGCCCGGCAGUGUCCCCAGGAGGGGACGUGACCCUACAGUGUCAGACUCCCUAUGGCUUUGACCAAUUUGCUCUGUACAAGGAGGGGGACCCUGAGCCCUACAAGAAUCCCGAGAUGUGGUACCGGGCCAGUUUCCCCAUCGUCACCGUGACUGCUGCCCACAGCGGGACGUACCGAUGCUACAGCUUUUCCAGCUCAAACCCGUACGAGUGGUCAGCCCCCAGCGACCCCCUGGAGCUCGUGGUCACAGGAGCCUCUGUGACCCCUGGCCAGUCACCAACAGGACCACCUUCUUCUGUAACAGAGUCCGCUUCGGCUACGAGUCGUCUUGACGUCUCACCCACGAGCAAAGCCUCCACAACCGAGGCUUCUGGGAAUAUCACCUCCAGUCCUGAGGAGUCGGACUCUCCAAUUGCCCCUGCCCGGCAGCACUACACCAAGGGCAACCUGGUGCGGUUAUGCCUUGGCGCUGUGAUCCUCCUCCUCCUGGCGGGGCUUCUGGCAGAGGAUUGGCACAGCCGGAGGAGACCCCCGCUGCACAGGGUCCGCGCCCUGCAGAGGCCACUGCCACCCCUCCCCCAGACCCAGAGGUCUCACGGCUGUCUGGAUGGAGGUCGACCAGAUGCUCGUCACCAGGGGCUGCGUUCCUAACCCUCAGCGCUCCAGGCAUGGCGGGACCAAGAGAUGGAUACGGAUGUGUGUGGAGCGGGCGGAGUGUGAGGGAGGAGGGCAGGGGCUCUGGCCGUGGAAAGGCCGGGUAUAGGGCCUCUUCCUGGGGCUCCAUCAAAGAGCUGUUGAGUCGGCGUCUAUUUGGCCCUCUGUCCAAGAAUUCCCUCCCACGGGGGCUGGCAGGAAUCCGGAGGCCUAAGUCUCCUCGCUGACGUCUUGCACAGUGUGGAUCUGUGGUCCCCGACUGGGCCACACUGGCCUCUUUCCUCCUCCCUCUCUGUGGGCUCCACACUGAUCACCGACAUUCCCAGCCCUCGAGGCUGACCCUGUCCCUUCCUCUGUGCGGACCCCGCCUAUGCAUCCCCCUUGGCCCUCUGUGCUCGUCUGUCAUCCCCAAGUCUACUCCGCACCCUCACCCCGCCUUAGGCUGCAGCCGGGCACAUCUUUUGGUUUUUGGGACAGGCCUGGUCCCUUGUGGCAGCUGGUUGUGCUAUUGCCUUUUGUGUGAAAUGACAGCUGUACCAACACGGCAAUGGCUGCCCUUCACAUCAGGAAAAGAGCAGGAAGUCCCAGCCUUGUGCUAAAGGCCAGAGCAGGUGAAUCCUAGAGGGGAAGCAGAUGGCGGUUGCCAGGCCCAGGGAGACCCAGGGGUGAAGAAUAACUUAGUCAGCACAGGGUGUGUUUUAGGCUGAUGAAAAUGUUGUGAUACUAGACAGAGGUGAUGAUUGUGAGACAUUGGGAUUGUAUUGUGCUAAAUGUCAACAAAGUGUUCCCUUCAAAAUGGUUAAUUUUAUGUUAUAUGAAUUUCAUCUUUAUAAAAAUUAAAAGAAAUUGAA